GGUCGGUUGCCUGGUAUAUUAUUCAUCGAGUUAUUCAUCGCUUUGUACCAUGCAUGUUACAUAAGCACAGUCAGAGCCAACGGCAUUAUGAUUAGCGACAGACUGUACCGUCUUUUGCUAAGUUCUGGGAUUACUUUUGGUGGUUUAGGCGUGGCUUGGAUUCUAAUGAAGGCCAUAGUACCAUCUAAAGAAGAAAUGCUAAAGAAAUUGCCAGAGGAGGCUACAUCACGUGAGGCCUUAGCAGCAGAACAAAGAAGACAUGAGGAUUUUAUAAUGGUCCUUCAAGAAAACAUGAGGUCAAAAAACCCUGCUUGGAAAGUUAUGGGAAUCGAUGAAGUAAAGGAAAGACAAAAGAGAAGAGCAGAAUAUCAGCAGAAGAAAGAAUCAAAAUUACGAGACAAGACAUCCAAUGAGCUUUUAAGUGAAUAGCUGGGAGUUUACAAAGACAACAACAAAAGGUCACCAUGACUUCCCAAAAAAUACAAAAACAAGAUUUGUCACAACUACAGGGGGGAGACAUCUCUUGCUCAUUUUAUGGGAAGCAUUCACUGUACUUUGUUGGGAAAGUCAUGCCAGGAAAAACAAUUAACUGCAACAGUAAAUGUUUUGUACACUAUAACGUGCACACACCCCGUAUGUAACUCACCUGGCUUGAACAUUGACCAUUGGAAAUUCUGCAAGGUACAAACUACAGGUGAUUAAUUCAGCCCUGGGAGACAAACAGUUAAUAAAAAGCCCCUCAGUCUGUAAAAUUUGGAAUUAAGUUGGCUGAUACCCAUGUGCAAUUUUAUAAGUGCUAAGUUCCUGAAAAAAAACACAUCUUCAAGUGACAAAUAUCAUAACAGUUUAAUAUACUACUUUCUCAUUCAACAAAGUUGUCAGAGUAAAGCAGCCUCUCAAUCAUAGGAAAGAAAUUAAAUACUUGUUGUUCAAACAUGGAAGAAUGCAAUGUAGAAUCCUUUUGAUGAGUGUCAAAAAACUUUUCUUUCUCUGUGUUUUUUCAAAACACUUUAUGUGGUCCCCUCCAAACUUGUUGAAUAAAAUGUGUACUCAUUUAAGUGACUGGUAAAAUUGUUAGCUUGAAAAUGAACUGAACACUGACUACACCAUAUCGGAAACCAUUUCAUUUUUUCACAAUUUUUUUUCACACAGUCACUUACUCAGCUGGUAGAAAUUAAAAGAAAAUGAAUGCCUCUGACAGUUGCAAAUUGCCUUUAAAUUGGAAGUCCAACAUUAAACUUGUAGCCUAACUAAUUUUCAGGAGGCACGGUGGCCUCAUAGGUAGUGCACUCAUCCCCGGAUCAAGUGGUCUGGGUUUGAGCCCUGGCCAGGGACAUUGUGUUUUGUUCUUGGGCAAGACACUUUACUCUAUGGUGCCUCUCUCCACUGCAUGCAAUUGAUAAGUGAAACAACAUCAAUGAAAAGGUGUAAAUCUGAAUUGUAGAAUGCUCUUCUCAAUGGAGUACCUUCAGAUGGUCCUUUCCUGUAAAUCUUUUUAUUUAUUUAUUUAUCUUUUAAUGUUCUGUUUCUCAUUUCAUGGUUAUGUUUCUGAAUGAAAAAUGUAUUUGAUGCACUUUCAUUUGUAUUGCCUGGGAGAUUUGGCGACCCGUACGGUAGAGACUCGGUCCACAUCCGGGUUACUCCCAGAUAAUCUGGGAGAGUUGGCAUAGAUGAAUUUCAGUUCACUUAAGUAUAAGGUUACAAACAAAGGAAAUAAUUUAUUAAUCUCUAAAGGAAUGUUUAUGUACGAACUUUUAAGUGUAUUUAAAAAUGCAUUUAUCUUAAUGAAUAAUUUAAUGUACAUGUGCGCAUUAAUCAUUCUCUUAAAUAAUAAGGACUCUACAGUGGAGGAUCUAGGGGAGGGGCCCAGGGGCCCGGUCCCCUGCCUUAAAAGAAGAAUAAAUGACAGAAGGAAGAAAAGCCGGCAGGGCAAGUAAAACAAAACCAGGCCCCCCUCUUAGCUCAAGUUCUGGAUCCGCCACUGCUCUAGGGUUGUAAAAUUUCGCUUCGUGAAUGUUUAGGACUACAAAGCAGUAGUCAACCUUGGUACCAGGUUCUCUCUUUCCUUUGCCUCCCUUGCCAAAAAGGAAGGCAAAGUGACCACUCACUUAUCAGUGUUCCAGUUAAUAAUAUUGUUCUUUAUACUCCUCCACUGUGAAAGCGUCACCACUUGUGUUCACCACAGCUCACCACCAAGUUGUCACAUUUGAUGCCUGGGGGAGGUAUGUGGGUUAGUUUUUGCUGGAUAUGUGCUGCUGGCCUCUCAGAGCCCCUACCCCAUUAUAGUCUAUUCUGUGGCCAAUUAUAGACUCCAUCUUAAACACUUUUGGGUGAAUAUGUAAUUUUCGCGAUCCCAACUUAGUCACUUUCUAUUUAUAAAUGUACUUUAUAUUGAAUAAAGACCACUUUACUUUUCACCUACAGUA